AUGUCGAUGGAGAAGCCGGAUAUUGAGCCACGGAUCGUGGAAGCCUCCCGGGGCGACAUCGACCCGGCCUUGGAGAAGAAGCUCCUGCGCAAGCUGGACUGGCGAGUCAUCCCGGCCUUGUGGUUUCUGUUCCUCGUCUCAUUUAUGGAUCGGUCGAAUAUUGCAAAUGCGAAGAUUGCAGGCAUGACCAAGGAGCUACACUUGGUCGGCAACGACUACAACCUGGCUGUCACCAUGUUCACCGUCGCCUACGUCAUCUUCGGUAUGCCAGCGAACUUGCUGGUCAAGAAAUUCGGUCCGAAGAUGCUGGUGCUCUACAUGUUUACCUGGGGUCUGUUUGUGAUGGGUCAGGGCCUCACCAAAACCGCCAGUGGAUUGAUUGCGUGUCGCUUCUUUAUGGGAAUGUGUGAAGCCGGGUUUGUUCCAGGCUGCGCAUACUUGAUCGGCAGUUACUAUAAGCGUGAUGAGUUCCUUCGACGAUAUGCCAUCUUUUUCAGCGCAAAUAUGGCGGCUGGUGCAUUCAACGGGCUCUUCUCGAGUCUCAUAACGCCUUUGAAUCUGGACGGGUACAAGGGAUGGCGCUGGCUGUUCUUGAUCGAAUCCAUCAUCACCAUGGGAGUCAGUCUCCUCUGCUACUGGAUCAUUGUCCCCUUUCCCGAAGAUGCAACCUUCUUGACACCCGAGGAGAAGGCAUUGCUCCUCGCUCGUUUGGAAGCCGACGGAGGCAGCGUCCGCGACGACCCUAUCUCCUUCAAACGCGUGAUCAGCAUGGCUGCGGACUGGAAGAUCUGGAUCUGUGUCCUGGCCUACCUCGGCGCCGAAGAAAGCGCCAGCUCCCUCGUAUAUUUCCAGCCUACCAUUCUGAGAGACCUUGGAUGGACUAGCCGCUCUGCUCAGGAGCACAGCAUCCCUGUCUACGCGGUCGCUUUUGUCGUGACCCUUUCCAGCGCCUGGCUGAGCGAUCAUCUCCGGCACCGCUAUCUCUUCACCAUCUUCGGCUCUGCUCUGGUCAUCAUCGGAUGGAGUAUUGAACUGGCUCAAGUUCCCGCCGCCGGCGUUCGCUACAUGGGUAUGUUCUUCGUGGCCUCCGGGGCAUUCAUCAUGAUGUCGAUCACGGUGGUGUGGUUGUGCAUCAACCUGGGCAAAGGGGUGAAGCGCAGUGUGGGCAUGGGCUUGCUUCCCGCGUUCGGCAACUGCGGCGCGUUUGUGUCUGGAAAUGUCUUCAUCACCAGCGAGGCCCCCAAAUACCCGACCGGGUUUGGAGUUGGGUUGGCAUUUGCGGUGGUGGCCGGGCUGGCGUGCACGGUCUACUAUUUCGCCCUGCGCGCGGAAAAUCGCCGCCGCGACAGCCAGCCCACCAAGGAGUGGACCCCCGACAUGGCGCAAGAGGCAGAAGAUCUCGGAGACGCCCAUCCGGAUUUCCGGUUUCAGUUGUAG